AUGUUUCAUUCCAUCCUUGCGUUCACCUUGCUUUGCCAAGGUGCUGCUUUUCUGCAGUCCAAUCGAGGACAGCGGUAUGCAGUAAACAAGCUUCAUUCGGUGCCGACUGCACUCGACACGCUGACAUCUGGUUUGGCAAGUAUUGUACGAGUACGCGAGAAUGGGCUUGCUGGAGUCGGUGUAGCGCCAGAUGCCAAAGCACAAGGUGGUUUUGGUCUGAAAUUGUACGAUGUGGAAAACUCCAGGGACUGUCGGCUUGUUCGUGAGCUCGUUACAGAGUUGGACCUAGUCGUUGAUAUUGUUCCUGUUGGCAAAGGGUCCAAGCACAAACCUCCAAAGGAAGUACCCUGCUUGGUGGCCAUUUCCGACGGCGGAGAAGAGACUGUUGUGAGCGGUGUCAAUAGUAUCAGGAAAUUUCUGAAGAAUACAUUUUCGGAAGAAGCAUCUGAGGUAUCCACUGAUACUGAUACACUGCAACAGGUAGUUGAGGCAAUCACACCUGUGAGCUUGACUGCUGCUGGCCUGCUUCGAACUGGCAGAGGCAUCUCUGUCGCUCUAGCGGCAUCUGCUUCUAACAAGGUGAACAAGCCUGAAAAGAAACUAAUACUAUAUUCCUACGAAGGCAAUCAGUUUUGCCGACUUGUGAGGGAGGUUUUGACAGAGCUUGACAUUUCCUAUGAACUGAGGUCGGCAGGAAAGAAAUCCCCACGACGAGACGAAUUGGCGGGUAUCACAGGUGGAUCGACGCAAUGUCCGUAUCUUGUUGAUCCGAAUACCGACACAUCAUUAGCUGAGAGUGCUGACAUUAUACGCCACCUUUAUGCUAGUUAUGCUAGUUGGACGCCACCAAGUGAAAUCCUGCAAUGGGCAUCUCAAUCAAUCAUUCCCGCUGCCAAGCCAAUUUUCAAAUUUACGGCACCACUUCAAGCAGGAUCUUCGGACGAAGAUUCUUCCAAGUAUGAUCAAGAGUUGGAAGCUGCAAAGUCUGAAAUCAAAGAAGAGACUGCUUCCGCUCCCGUGGUUGUAUAUACAUAUGAACUUUCGCCAUUCUCUUUCGAAGUGAAAUCAACACUGGAAAGUCUAAAAGUCGAAUACAAGGAGAUUUCUCUUGGAAAGGAAUGGUUGCCAGGCCUCAUUGCGCCAAACGGUUCGAUCAAAAGAGCUGCAUUGCUUGAUAUGACAGGUCAAUCGUCUCUUCCUCAUAUUUUCAUUGGUGGGAAACCAAUCGGUGGACUUUUCAGUGGAGAGCCCGGUCUCAUUCCGCUCUUGGAGCAAGACAAGCUAUCGGCAAUGUUGGAGGACGCAAUGGCGUGCACAUAG